GCUAAAGCUGCAGCGAAGAGCCCCGUGUCAAGACAAGGCAGUUAGGAAGUGUGGACAUGCCUGAGCCCUGAGUGGAUCUCACUGCUAACCUUCACCCCCCUCUGGGUGGAGCAGGGCUUUUAAGAGCAGCUGGAAUGUAGUUUCCCUGAUCAGCUUAGCCAGUUGUUGCCUGUCUGAACCUCUGCCAGCCCUGGAGAGCGGUGUUUUGAGCUCACACCAGCCAGCCUACUCCUGCACCCUCACUGCCGCCCGCACGGUUGCCUGAGCAAGAGACGCUCUCCCAGCGGGAAAGAAAAGUUUCCCCUUGUCCAGUCAUGGGAGAGGACGCUGCUCAAGCCGAAAAGUUCCAGCACGCAGGCUCUGACAUGCGACAGGAGAAGGCAGCAAGCCCCAGCCCCGUACCUUCCUCCACACCGAGCCCCAGCCUGAAUUUAGGGAGCACCGAGGAGACCAUCCGGGACAGCUCGCAGGUGAAUGCGGUCACAGUGCUCACGCUUCUGGACAAGCUGGUAAACAUGCUGGACACCGUGCAGGACAACCAGCACAAGAUGGAGCAGCGCCAGAUCAGCCUAGAGGGAUCGGUGAAGGGCAUCCAGAACGACCUCAGCAAACUCUCUAAGUACCAGGCCUCCACCAGCAACACCGUGAGCAAGCUGCUGGAGAAGUCCCGCAAGGUCAGCGCCCACACGCGCGCUGUCAAGGAACGCAUGGAUAGGCAGUGCGCACAGGUGAAGCGGCUAGAGAACAACCACGCCCAGCUCCUCAGGCGCAACCACUUCAAGGUGCUCAUCUUCCAGGAAGAAAAUGAGAUCCCUGCCAGCGUGUUUGUGAAAGAGCCAGCUGCUGGGCCAGCAGAAGCGAAAGAAGAGGUCGCAGAUGAAAACAAGUCCCUGGAGGAAACACUGCACACGGUGGACCUCUCAUCGGAUGAUGAAUUGCCCCACGAUGAGGAGGCCCUGGAAGAGAGUGCAGAGGAAAAGAUGGAAGAAAGUAGGGCAGAGAAAAUAAAACGAUCCAGCCUCCGGAAAGUAGACAGUCUCAAAAAAGCAUUUUCUCGCCAGAACAUCGAGAAAAAAAUGAACAAGCUGGGGACAAAGAUCGUAUCUGUAGAGCGAAGAGAGAAGAUUAAGAAAUCCCUCACUUCAAACCACCAGAAAAUAUCCUCUGGGAAAAGCUCCCCCUUCAGGGUCUCUCCCCUCACCUUUGGCCGAAAGAAAGUCCGAGAUGGAGAGAGCCCUGCAGAAAAUGAGACUAAGUCAGAAGACAUGCCUGGCCCUGACCAGAUGCCCAAUGACCAAGAGGAAAGCUCAUUUGCAGAGGUUCUGUCUGAGGCAUCCCUCCCUAGCACCCUGCAGGAAGGGAGCAACCCUGAAGGAGAUGCUGAGAAGGUGGCUCUAGGAGGGAGCAAUUCAGGAAUGGACAGCAACAUGGACUUGACCAUUAUGGAAGAUGAUGAAGAGGAGUCCGUGACCCUGGACCAGGCACAGAAGAUGCGUUAUGAGGGUGGCUACUUGAGAACCUCUGAGGACACAGAGCCAGCAGAAGAGAAGCCCGUGCAGCCAUCUGUGCUGCAGGUGGAUCAGACUGCCUAAAGGCACAGCCCAGGAUGCCCAGUCUGUGCUCAUCUUCAUGUGGGAAGCCAGAACCCAGAAACUAACUCCUGCACACUUCCAGUGCUGCUCACUGAACACUGUGUUACUGUGCACGCUGUAAUUCACCAAAUAGUAGCCGCAUGUAGAAGACCAGAACUUACAGCCAAAGCUAAUUAUCGGGACUCCACUUCUAGUUUGUGCUUAGAUUGAUUUCUGUACAUUUUCUCCAAGAUUCCAGGAAAUAAUGAAGCAAUUGAAAGGGACUGAUCCCUUUGGCUUAGUCAGAAAAAAUCAGAGAAUACUAAAACACUAGUGAUGAAAUGCAAGUCAUAUUUUUGUCUUUCAGUAAGCAUGCUGAACAGUAUACUGGUGAUGUUUCAAAUGUCUACAUACUCUGUGAAUCCAGUUUUUUAUUCUUUAAAUGUGUGAUAUAUAAUAUGCAUAAAUAUGGACGCGAAAGGCAUACCUCUAUGGCUUAAUAAGAAAAACACGUUCAAAAGACUGAAGAGAAUGAUCAGUUGGUUAUUCACUGAAGUGUUGUUUUAUUACAAAGGAAAAAUUGUGAAUGAAGCGGUCAGCUCAUGGUGGAUCCUAAGCAGCUGGCAGGGGUCCAGGUGCUUGAGCCAUCACCUGCCAGCUCCGAGGGUGAGCAAUAGAAGGAAGCUGGAAGUGAAAGUGGAGCCAGGACGUAACCGCAGGCACUCAGAUGUGGUUGUUGUGAAGUCAGGACAGUUGGAAAACUAACCAGUAAGGCAGAAAAUAAGAGAAACAGGGAAUGUAGACUGCCAAGGAUAAAGAAUACAAAGAAGCAAAACUUAAGCACUUAAAUUGUAAAAUAUUUACAAUACUAAUCUUAUUAUUCCAUUCCUUAAAUAACAGUACUAAAGAUAAUUCACACAUAUCCUGAAAUAAUUUGUUAUAUAUUCACAAUAAUUUUUUCUAAUAUUUUCAAAUAGUGUAAUAAACAUACUUCAGUACUAAGAGUAAUAAAAGGCAUUACAAAUGUUUUUAUUGAUGAAAGACAAAUAUUUCUAAUUCAAGACCAUAUUGGAUUGAAUAUACAUUUUCAAAAAUGAAUUCUUAUAUGCUAUUUGUCUUAAGACAUCUGAUUAUACUUUCCUUUAAUGGAAUGCUUUCCAAUUUUUAAAUAACCCUUAAAGUCCAGUUGAUAUGUAGGUUUUAAGCAUGUUCACAUCUACAAGUUUAGAAAGGAAAGAAUGCUAUUUUUCAGUUUUGUACAUAAUGAUAAUUUCAUUCCAUGUCAUAUUUUAUUUGCAUAUUAAUCUCACAUAAUACUAAUAUGUGUUUGAACUUUUUAAGCAUGCUAAUGUUUUAAAGUAUAAAAGCAUAUUUGUUUAGACUAAUUUUUACUGCUGCCUAAUAUUAUACUAAAAAAAAAUUCCACGUAUCUUCUCAGUUACAAAAUUUUAAUGUUUUGCUAAGUUAUAAGUUAAAGACAGUUGACCCACAUAGCCAAUUCCCUCCCUACCUUUGUUGUGUUCAACUAUAAGUAACCUUAAAAAUGAAGGUAAUCCUACACAAUGUUAGCAAAUUGUUUCGUCUUUAAUAAAAGGGAAAGAGUUAGCAAGUGUAUUCAUGACAUAACUUAUUCAGCUAUGUCUUUAUUCUUGAAAUAAUGUAUCCCCAAAUAUUGGCUUGUUGAACUAACAAUAGCUGUAUUCAAGUUUAAAUAAACCAAAGAAUAAUAAAAA